AUUUUUUAUAAGAAAUAAAAACAAAGAAUUAUUUAUAUUCAUAAAUGAAAUUAUUUCAAAUUCUGAAUUGAAGAAUUAUUUUCACAGUUACAACUAAUUGGGAAUAUAACUAUUUCUAUGUGAAAAAAAUACCAUUAAAAUAAUUGUUCUUUAUGUAAGAUCCAUGUCAAAAUCAUAAGAGUGACAUUUCAACCUAAAGCAAUCUACUAAAGUGUCUUGAUACAUCCAGGUCUGCACAUCGUACAAACAGUAAAAUGAACAUAGAUGAUGACUACGAAGAUUCAGGAAAUGAAACUAGCGGCGAUGAUGUUGAUUUUGCAAUAGAUGGUGAAAGUUCGGCUAACAAGGAGUUGCAAAGUUAUGAUGAUGAUUACCAGUAUGAAGUCUUAUCCACGGAAGAUAUUGUACAACAUAUGGUUGACUGCAUCAAAGAGGUAAAUAAUGUAGUUCAGAUACCUUCAACAUCAACCAGAAUAUUAUUGAAUUACUUCAAUUGGGAUAAAGAAAAGUUAAUGGAAAGAUUUUAUGAUGGUAAUCAAGAUGAAUUAUUUAAAGAGGCUCAUGUUGUAAAUCCAUUCAAAAAAUUAUCUGUGGCUCCUAAACCAAAAGUAUCUAGAAAAUUCUUAGGCAAUGAAGAAUGUGAUAUUUGCUUUAUGACAUGUUCCCCAUCAGACAUGACAGGUUUGGAAUGUGGACAUCGGUUUUGUUAUCAAUGUUGGAAUGAAUAUUUAACAACCAAAAUAAUGGAAGAGGGUGUUGGUCAAACUAUUGCAUGUGCAGCUCAUAAUUGUUCCAUUUUAGUAGAUGAUGAAACUGCAAUGAGACUGUUGCAAGAACCUAGAGUUAAAUUAAAGUAUCAACAUCUCAUAACCAACAGCUUUGUUGAAUGUAAUAGGUUAUUACGUUGGUGUCCAAGUCCAGACUGUACAUAUGCAAUAAAGGUAGCUUAUGUCGAUUCGAAACCUGUAGCUUGCCGUUGUGGUCACGUCUUUUGUUUCAUGUGUGGUGAGAACUGGCAUGACCCUGUAAGGUGUCAGUUGCUUAAGAAAUGGAUCAAGAAAUGUGACGAUGAUUCUGAGACGUCUAAUUGGAUAGCCGCUAAUACAAAGGAGUGCCCUAAAUGCAAUGCAACAAUAGAGAAGGAUGGUGGUUGUAAUCAUAUGGUGUGUAAAAACCAAAACUGUAAAGCAGACUUCUGUUGGGUAUGUCUGGGGCCUUGGGAACCUCACGGUAGCUCCUGGUAUAAUUGUAACAGGUAUGAUGAAGAUGAAGCCAAAGCUGCGAGAGAUGCCCAAGAAAAGUCUCGUGCAGCAUUGCAAAGAUACUUGUUCUAUUGCAACAGGUACAUGAACCAUAUGCAAUCCUUGAAGUUUGAACAUAAGUUAUAUGCUGCUGUCAAAGAUAAAAUGGAAGAAAUGCAGCAACAUAACAUGAGCUGGAUAGAAGUUCAAUUCCUGAAGAAAGCAGUAGAUAUUUUAUGUCAAUGCAGACAAACAUUGAUGUAUACAUACGUCUUUGCCUACUACUUAAAAAAGAACAAUCAAUCAGUGAUUUUUGAGGAAAACCAGAAGGACCUAGAAAGGGCGACUGAAUUACUUAGUGAAUAUCUAGAGAGAGACAUAACUCAAGAGAAUUUAGUAGACAUCAAGCAGAAAGUACAGGACAAAUACAGGUAUUGUGAUGGUCGUCGAAAAGCUCUUCUUGUACAUGUUCAUGAAGGGUAUGAAAAAGAUUGGUGGUUGUACAGUGAAUGAAUGAAAUCACUGAUAUGGAGUGUUCCUGAAAAGUUAUUCAUGCUCAUAUUUGGUUAUACAAAAGUUUCAAUCAAGGUGCUUUGUCUUUAAAUCUCAAUAAAAAUCUUUUUGGGCUACACUCUACUCAGUUUCAUUUCUUGAAAUUCUGACAACAUUAUGUAAAUGUUGUUUGUCUCUUAGUUUGAUAAAAACUCUGUACAAGAAAUAAACCUGGAUUUUAAAAACUGCAUUCCUUUG